CAAGGUAACCAAAUAAACCACUGUUCCUGUUAUAGGUUGGAUAAAUGGGUACUGGUGUUCGUUAUUUGACAAGUUCGGUUAACAGGGAGCGACGUCAAGACACUUGGAUUAAAAAAAUGGUCAGACCAACUACUAGUUAAAAGUUUCCUUAAACCUUUGUUACCUUUAGUUACUAAACCGGUGACCGUGAAGAUAUGCGCCGACGGAGUUAAGACUUUUUCUGAAGAUACAUCUCGAUUUGUCUGUGUAGGUGGCGAUUUCAUCCGCGACCAAACUUUUUUUCAUUUAAAGUGACGUGAAGUUUGCUGGCCCACUCCUCCUCAGUGAUGUGCAGCUCAGAAUGGGUUAAUAGCUGAGACCACAGACAGGGAGGAGACUACCUACAAAACACUCAAUCUCACAGCACUGGGGGUGAGAGGGAGAGGACUGAGAGAUGGGCUUGCUGCGGAGGAACCUCAAGGUCCUGGGGACGGUAAUGAUGGUCAACCUCUUUAUCUUCAUCCUCAUGUCCCGCAACAGCGGGCAGGACAAGAACGAGCACCAAAAGGUACAUGUGCCAUCCAAACCCUUCUGGGCCAAACAGACUCCUCACCAGGCCUACUGGAACCACCAACAGCAGAUCCUGGACCUCCAGCACAAUCCCAUCUUUGCAGCCAAUAACAGUGCUCUAGAUGCCAAGGUUGUGGAUUGGCUCAACGACACAGGCCUGAAACUCAACCCCUGUCAGCCAGACUUCCGAGUCCCCACUCGGGUCAAAGACUUCAACUCCCUACCAGAGCGCUAUAAAGACUUCCUCCUGUACAUGCGCUGUCGUACCUACCCCUUAGUGGUGGACCAGCCACACAUCUGCAAAGAGAAGCCUUUUUUGCUGUUGGCCGUCAAAUCCCUCGCGCCGCACUUCGACCGGCGGCAGGCCAUCCGCGAGUCUUGGGGUCGUGCGGGCCUUAUGGCCAAUCAGACAGUCGCCACGGUCUUCCUGCUAGGCAACGCCACAGCAGUCGACCACCAUCCGGACCUCUCCAGGAUGCUACGCUACGAGAGCAUUCAGCACCACGACAUCCUCCAGUGGGACUACCGGGACUCUUUCUUUAACCUGACCGUGAAGGAGGUGCUGUUCCUCGACUGGAUGCGGACCCAGUGCCCCGAUGCCAAGUUCAUCUUCAAAGGUGACGAUGACGUUUUCGUCAACACCCUGCGCAUCUUAGAGUUCCUCAAGGGCUUGACGGGGCCCAAGGCUCGCAACCUGUUUGUGGGCGACGUGAUCACCAACGCUGGGCCGCAUCGCGACAAGAAGGUGAAGUACUUCAUCCCGGAGAGCAUGUUUGUGGGGACCUACCCGCCCUAUGCUGGGGGUGGUGGGUACUUGUAUUCUGGGGACCUGGCACACCGUCUGCACAACGUCUCCCAGCGUGUGGCACUUUACCCCAUAGACGAUGUCUACACUGGCAUGUGCCUCAGGAAGAUGGGCCUUGCUCCCGAAAAGCAUAAGGGCUUUAGGACUUUUGACAUUGAAGAAAAGUACAGGACCAACCCUUGCGCCUACAAGAGUCUGAUGUUGGUGCACAGCAGGACACCGCAGGAGAUGAUUCAGAUCUGGUCUUGGCUCAACAACCCUGACUUGAACUGCCAGUGACCUUCUUUGUGGGCAAGGGCGUUUUCUCUCGUCAGUGAGAACUGGUGGUGGCCACUCAGUGGCUAAUGUGUAGGAGUCGUCACUUUAAAAAAAAAAAAAUUAUAAAGGGUUUAAGUGUCCACUGUUGUUUUUAUUUUGCUGGGGCCAUGCCUGUAAGCUUUGGACAUCGGCAGCUUGGUGUUUAUCACAAUGAUGAUUCUUGGAACUUUCACUGUUGUUUACCCCAGCUUUCUUAAAGUAGAACCAAAGAUUGUCAUUGUCAUUUUAACAACUAACUGAUUGAGGGCAUAAUGGCACGAUCGUGUAAGUGUAACUUAAAAUGGUUCACAGUGUUGCGACCAAAAGUCCUCUAUACUUCCUCACAGGCCUCCCCCACAUUAACCUAUCCAGUUUUUGCGUGCACAUAUUUAUAUCCCAAAUAUUUAUAUGGCCGUUAUGAUUCUUUUAACAUUGUGUGUCUGUCCCCUGAAGGGACUGUAUUAAGAAACAAAUAGGUGUUUAAGUAGUGGCGUGUUCCAAUUACUGUACCCUCUUCCCUGAAGUGUAUAUAAUGAUUAACUCAUUCUCUAAAGCAUCCCUACCUCUCUAAUUUCAAAUGAAGCUGAAUGAGACUGUUUUAAAAGCAAUCCCAUAUUUUUAUAUUCAUGAAGGGAAUCGAGAGUGCACACUUCAGGGAAUAGAGUAAAGAGCCUGAACACACUAUUGUCUGGCUGUUCUGUUCUAUAGGUGAAAAGUGUUAAAAUAAAUCCAAAUGCUGUCCUCUUUUCUUCGAAACUCCAGUUAAGAUGACUUCUUCUGUCUCUCUGGCUGGUCAGAAUUGUAGAAAAUAUUUUUUAAUCGAGACCAAAGCCCAGAGAAAAAGUAAUGUUUGAUCAUCUUCCUUGGCCAUUCAGCUAUGCCUGUAAGUUAUUGCUCUUCCUUCUGAAAACCGAAAUAUUGGUCCUGUGCAUACGCACAGGACCAAGAUUCUGAUUUUGAACCCAAGCUUUCCAUUUCCCCAUACGUCGUUAAAAGCAUGAGCCUUUAAUAAUGUGUUUUGUUCGUUUUGGAUUUGUCCUUUUAUUGAAAUGCAUUUUGUUCACUGAUUUGUGGGUUUAUUUUAAGUUAAAUGUAUUUAUUCCCUGCAUAAUGCUUUGCUGGAUUUACAGUUAUAAUGUUUUGGGUGUUGUUUGUUGCAAUUUCUCUGUUCUGUUACAUUGCAAAGACAUAUCUCAUGCUAGCUAUGUAUGGGAGGGAUGAUGCACAAUUUCAGUCCGGUGUUUCUGCUUCCUAAUAAUGUAGUUGGAGCGCCACCUGCUGGACAGGUGUCUACAGUUCCAUUUUAGAUACGGGAGCUGGUGUUUUAAGUGGCCCCAAUGAACCAAAAGGUCUUGUUCAAACGCUUCCUCUCUUCCUUGUAUGACUUGUGUGAAUAGGAUUCUCUCAUCCAUAUUCCACUUCACUGCUCAUUUCAUGAGGGAAGUCUUCUCAUGGGAAUGAGGAAGACUUUGAUACAGUAGGAAGAGGAAAAGGACACAUCUGAAAAGUAUUAUAGUGGUACCUAGAACAUGCAGCGUAAUGCAGUUGAGUGUACCCACAUCUCACUGGAUCUGCUGAGCAGGGGGUCUAUUCAUUGACACGUUUUCGAACAGUUCGGUCAAUUUUCUUGCGUGUUGCACCUGGUGCUGUCAGGUCAGAAGCUAGGAGAAUGUUUACAAGUGUAAAUUGUCAUAUGUUCUGUUAUCCAUUUAGCCAUUAUUAUUUAACCAUUACUUGAGCAUCUGCUAACAAGUGACGUCUCGAAGUCAUGCAGAUAGCCUUAGGAAGUUUCAAGGUCUUGGUGUUCACAGUACUGUCCAUUUAGUUCCAAGUUUAAACUUUGUGACAAAUUUAGACUUUGUGGCAUCUCCAUUUAUACAUAAUGGAAGUCAGUUGGUACGUUUAUAAUUGACAACAAUUUCCAAAACUCAUUCUAGUUUGAUGCAAAUCAUUUGUGUCUUUGUUACGGUUCCAGUAUCAGUAUCUACAUUUCAGAGGUUCAUUUGGACAUUUUAAAGGUAAUUAUGUUUAGGUGACAACUGAUUUCUCAAGUUCUCUAAGAUGAAUGCUCUUUAUUGUUGUUGCUGUGAGAAAACACGAUAUCUUGCUAACCUUUCAAUUGGAGUUGCAAGUUUUAGCAUCACUGACAUAUGAUAUGCAUAACAUAUUCACUGUGAGAAAAAUACUUUUAUUUGCUGCGUUAAAUCAUUUGUUUACUCCUGUUGUCUGUAUUGCUUCUGUAAAAAACUCAUGCUGACAUUAGAUACAAUUUUACAAGUUCUCUAAGAUGAAUGCUCUUUAUUGUUGUUGCUGUGAGAAAACACGAUAUCUUGCUAACCUUUCAAUUGGAGUUGCAAGUUUUAGCAUCACUGACAUAUGAUAUGCAUAACAUAUUCACUGUGAGAAAAAUACUUUUAUUUGCUGCGUUAAAUCAUUUGUUUACUCCUGUUGUCUGUAUUGCUUCUGUAAAAAACUCAUGCUGACAUUAGAUACAAUUUUACUGUAUCAGGACACUGUGUUCAUCAACUGCUCCUGCAUUUUAUUGUUAAGUCAGCCCAAACCUUUUUGAAGCAUGUUCUAAUUGUGUAUGGUUAGACCUGGACUCCUUCUGCACUAUAAAUACAUGUAUACCAAAAUGUGUCUGUCUGUUGUUAAUUGAGUUAAAUUAAGAAGCAUAUACAUCCAUUGUUCCGUCAACUUCUGUUUAUAUGGGUUUCCCAAGAAAUACGGUGAUUCUUAUUUUAUGGCUUUGAUAAUUUCAUUAAAGUAUAAUUGAAUGUUUUUUUAGUAAAUAUUGGGUAAUUGUUGUUUUUGCAAAUGGUGUGAACAAUUGUUCCCUCUUUUGUUUAUUAGAGCCAGACCAUCAAGCAACAGUUUUUUUUGCCUUACAAUGUUACAUAGAGAAGGGGUUUUUAAAACCAUCCCUAAGCUGCCAAUGGGGCAACAGAGAACUACAUUGUUGACAGGUCUGUGAUGAGUAAAGCAUCAUCAAUGAUGUGUGUUGAAAUCUGAAAAGAGAACAGUGUGUAUCAGCCUAAAAUAUUUUAAAGGGAAAUAUUUUCAUUUGUAAAAUGAACUGUAAAAUUAAUUGUCAAUCACAUAUGGAUUAAAAAUUGUUUCAUUCU